AUGGUUGAGAUCAUUACAGUAAACGGAGCUGAGCUUGCCUAUGAGCUCAGCGGCCCGAAAAAUGCACAACUCAUCAUCACCCUCCACGGCGGAAGGGGCAUGGGGGAUCACAGGUCUGAUUACAAAGUUUACAGCCGCCUAAACGACCGUUUCCGUGUCCUCUCAUUUGACUACAGGGGACACGGGCAGAGCUCUCGGACCAAGCCUUAUACCUUUAAGCAGCUGGUUGACGACAUUGAAGGCGUGAGAAAGCAUUUCUUGGGGCCUGAAGAGAAGGUCAUUAUCUGUGGUGGUAGCUUUGGAGGGUUCCUCGCUCAGCAGUAUGCCAUUACCUAUCCAGCUCGACUUUCGCACUUAAUUCUGCGUGGAACGGCACCAUCUCACCAUCAUGAGGAGGGCGCUAUUAAAACUCUCGAGGACAGAAUCAGCAAGGUCCCCAGUUUCUCAAAGGAGAUGCUAAGGGACAAGGUCUUUGGGGCAUUUCAAGACGACGACGAGUUUAGACUUGUUCACUUUGCCAUGAUGCCGCUAUACCGAGAAGACUUUGAUGCCAACGCAGGACUGAGGGCUUGUCUGGAUACGGUCUAUGUUGCGGAAUCUCACAAUGACCUCUACUCGCAGGAGGAAAAGUACUUUGACUACGUUGAGAAGCUUGACAGCAUCACGGCAAAGACAUUGGUCAUCGUUGGUGAUCAAGAUUGGAUCUGUCCGCCAGACAACUCAAAGAUCAUUUCGGAACGCGUCAAGAAUGCGGAAUUAUUUGUGGUUACUGGUGCCAAUCAUAGCGUGCACGUUGAAAAGUCGGAUCUGGUGCUCUCCAAGAUCAGAGAGUUUUUAGAUUAG